AUGCCCCAGAAACUUGCUGGUGCAAUUGGCCCCACGGACUGGAAUGAAGCUCUGGAUGUUAUUGUUAGUGGUUCUCCUGAGCAGGUUUGCCUUUUGCCUAAUGUUGUUUGUUUGACUAUUCGCAUAUUGGAAUCAUAUCCUGAUCUUACUGACAAACGUGAUGAAAAUGGUAUGACUGUUUUGAGUUUGUUGGCUACAAAAUCAUUUUAUUUCAGAAGCAAGUCAGCGUAUGUGUUGAAGGACUUGAGCAGGACACCCUUCGUUCUUUUGCAGAUGCUUGAAGUUGUGGUAUAUAAGUUAAUAAAAACAAGGAUUGACGAGAAAGUUUCAGAGUCACAAGUGGCUGGUGAUGUAGAGGAUCCAGCAUCUGAUAACAGAGUUGGUUACUGGUUUUUCGGAAAAAUUUAUGAUGCAAAGCAGAAACAUGAAGUUGUCAUAAAGCUGGCACAGAAAUUGACAGAAAAAGAACAUUGGAGUCAUUACAUUUACUGUGAAAAUAUAGAUUCUGCAGUCAGCUCAUUUGGGAUUUCUUCAAGGAAGAAGAAUAAAGUACCCAACCCGCUCAUACAGGCAACAACGUUUGGCAUUCUUGAGUUGGUAAUGGCGAUCCUCCAGAAAUAUCCCUUGGCUGCAGAAUCCUUUGACGAGAAUGGAAGGAAUAUAUUGCAUAUAGCGAGCGUAAAGCGCGACUCUUAUCCACACUUACAUCACCUUCGAAAUAUGGAUGGAAAGACAGCAGAGGAACUAUUUGAAGAAAAUCACUCAUCUCUUCGAGACGAAGCAGAGAAAGCUGCAAAACACGUGAGUGCUAACUUAAUUAUCGCUGCCACCCUCAUAUGCACAAUUAUUUUCGCAGCACUUUUCACUGUCCCAGGUGGCUUCAAUCAGAAUACCGGGGACCCCAUGCUCCUCUUUGAUCAUCGACAGGAAAUGCAGUUCUUCAUGGCUUACAUAGGGUUAGCUUUGUUCUUUGCCUUUCUUUCUUUGACAACCCUCCUUCUAACACAAGUAUCGCGGUUCAACACUAAUGAUUUUCACAUUGCAUUUCCAGUAAAAGCCAUAGUAUCCACCCUCACCAUUAUUUACUCCACCGGCUUGACAGCCACCGCUUAUUUGCAAGGCUAUAUACUUGAAAGCCACCCGGGGACCUUCAUAGCCACCUUUGUGAUCUUUUUCAUGUUCGUUGUUUGGUUUGUGUUUGCCCUUGUAAUGGUAGACACCACGUUCUCAAUUUUCGAUUACAUGUACUAUGCACUUCUCCAUUUGAUUGCUUAUAAAAGUCGGGGCAUAUAG